AAUUACCAAAAAGGAAAAAAAAAGGAAAAAAGCCCCGGCUUUUUUGUCGAUCUUGGUGGCUAGGGUUAAGCCUCUCUCUCUCUCAAACCGUCGAACUAGGCCGAUCUAGAACUCUCCGAGAGUGACCGCUGACCCUGGAAGAUGCCAGCGGCCACGGUGGAAAUGGAGCCAGUGGAGCCGCAGUCACUGAAGAAGCUCAGCUUCAAGUCCCUCAAGCGAGCCCUCGACCUUUUCUCUCCUCUCCAUGGCUACCUCGCUCCUCCUGACCCCGAGAGCAAAAAAAUUCGCAUGAGCCACAAGGUAUGCCUCGAGUAUGAAGGAAUCAGAGCCGCAACGACGAGCCAACCAUCUCGGGAGGCUAAUGUCGUUCAACCUCCGGUGACGCCCAAUAUCCUUGCUCUUCCAGGUCCAGAAAUUUCAAGUGAUCACCAGCAGGGAGGAGCUCAAAAUGCUCUAGUUGGUCCAUCUAUUCAACCAAAGGCAUUGAAUGAUGUAGGUCUACCUGCCAAAAGCACUGUAGUUGUUUCUACUUCGGGGUCAUCUGAAAGGAACUUAUCCACGUCUGCUAUAAUGGAAAGAAUCCCAAGCAAAUGGCCACGACCUGUGUGGCAUGCUCCAUGGAAGACCUACCGGGUCAUCAGUGGCCACUUGGGAUGGGUGAGAUCUAUUGCAUUUGAUCCUAGUAAUACAUGGUUUUGUACUGGCUCUGCAGAUCGCACAAUCAAGAUAUGGGAUGUGGGAAGUGGAAGGCUAAAACUCACACUAACAGGACAUAUUGAGCAAAUACGAGGCCUUGCUGUCAGCAGCAAACAUACAUACAUGUUUUCUGCUGGUGAUGAUAAACAAGUUAAAUGUUGGGACCUUGAACAGAAUAAGGUUAUCCGGUCUUAUCAUGGUCAUCUAAGUGGUGUUUAUUGCUUGGCUCUUCAUCCCACUAUUGACAUUUUGCUCACUGGGGGACGUGAUUCUGUCUGCCGGGUCUGGGAUAUUCGUAGCAAGGCGCAAAUAUUUGCUCUCUCUGGCCAUGAUAACACUGUUUGCUCAGUGUUUACUCGACCUACGGAUCCACAAGUUGUUACUGGCUCCCAUGACUCGACCAUCAAGUUCUGGGACCUCAGAUUUGGAAAAACAAUGUUAACUCUCACCCACCAUAAAAAGUCGGUUCGAGCAAUGGCAGUGCAUCCCAAAGAGCAUUGUUUUGCAUCUGCAUCAGCUGACAACAUUAAGAAAUUUAACCUUCCAAAAGGGGAAUUUUGCCACAACAUGCUCUCUCAGCAAAAAACUAUAAUCAAUGCAAUGGCUGUCAAUGAGGAGGGUGUGUUGGCAACAGGAGGUGACAAUGGGAGUUUGUGGUUCUGGGAUUGGAAGAGUGGUCACAAUUAUCAGCAAGCCCAAACAAUUGUACAGCCUGGUUCACUGGAUAGUGAAGCUGGGAUAUAUGCUAUUUCCUACGACCUAACUGGUUCAAGACUUAUUACUUGUGAAGCUGACAAGACAAUUAAAAUGUGGAGAGAAGAUGAGAAUGCCACGCCAGAAACUCAUCCCCUUAAUUUUAGACCACCCAAAGAUAUUCGGCGGUUCUAGUGGUUGUCCUACUUUUUGCUCUGGUCGGUCGUGUCGUAUCGUGCAGCUUGACAUUGAUUUGGCAAAUGUGAAGCAAAGUUUGGUCCUCAAUUAUCUGGCUACUUGAUUUUAGCGGAACAGGCUGCUAAUUCCUUCUAUUAACCACAGAGUAUGCAAGGCUGUCUGGGAAAGAAUAUUUGCAAGCGUUAAUGUAGCAUCAUGGCCUACAGGUGGAAACUUCCAAAGAUCUGCAUAAAUUUGGUUUAGGAAGAAGUGUGUGCUAAAAUACUGAAAGAUUUGGCCGUUCUUGUAGAGUAAUUGUGUUCCUAAGUUUCCUUUUUGGUUGAUGUGGCUCAAAGUUCAGGUAAACAUUUCAAACAUUUGGCCGACUCCCAAACUUCUUUGAAGUGAUAGAUGAUAGUGUAAGGUUGGAAGUUUGGGUCAACGGAAAUUUGGUGUGGCUUGAGAAAAGGAUAUUUCAGUUUCAGUUAUCAGUAGAAAAUGUGAUUACAGAUUUGUAUGUUAGGCACAUUUGAUAAUAGUUCUUCGGUAAUAAUAAUAGGUUCAAUCUAA